CACAAACUCCGCACUGGGGAUCUUCGCUGUCAGAUAUGUUAGGAUUACUUGGACUUAAACUUCAGUGCAAUUGUUAAAAGAUGACUUCAUUUGUCCAUGCCCUCUUUUCAAGAAACAUCUUUGUUCCUUUCACCACCUCGAUGCCAGUGGAUUCUGAAGCAGGCAACCAAAGCUGCCGCUUCGAUGAGGAAUUCAAGUACAUCCUGCUGCCUGUGUCCUAUUCACUGGUGUGUGUGCUGGGCUUAUUCCUCAACUCUGUGGCCUUGUGGAUGUUCCUGACUAAGAUGCGUCCCUGGAACACCAGCACGGUGUACAUGUUCCACCUGUCGCUGUCCGACACCCUGUAUGUACUGUCCCUGCCAACGCUCAUCUACUACUACGCCAACCGCAGCCACUGGCCAUUUGGCAUGGUCCUCUGCAAGGUGGUGCGCUUCCUGUUCUAUGCCAACCUAUACUGCAGCAUCCUGUUCCUCACCUGCAUCAGCGUGCACCGCUACCUGGGCAUCUGCCACCCGAUCCGCUCGCUGGCGCUGGUGAAGCCGCGCCACGCCCACCUGGUGUGCGGCCUGGUGUGGGCGGUCGUGGGCGUCUGCCUGGUGCCCAACCUCGUGUUCGUCACCAUCACGCAGCGCGACAACGACACGCUGUGCCACGACACCAGCAGCCCGGACGACUUCGAGCGCUACGUGGCCUACAGCUCGGUCGUGAUGGUGCUGCUCUUCGGCCUGCCCUUCCUCGUCAUCGUUGCGUGCUACUGCCUGAUGGCGCGCGCGCUCUGUCGCCCGGGGCGGGGUCUGUCUCCCGGUUGGCAGCGCGGCGCCGCCCGGAGGAAGUCCAUCAAGCUCAUUGUCAUAGUGCUGGUGGUGUUCGCCGUCUCCUUCGUCCCCUUCCACAUCACACGCACGCUGUACUACACCUACCGCGUGCUGGGGGCUGAGUGCUGGUACCUCAACAUCAUCAACUUUGCGUACAAAGUCACCCGUCCCCUGGCCAGCUCUAACAGCUGCUUGGACCCGAUUCUCUACUUCCUGGCGGGGGACCACUAUCGCAGCAGACUCCUCCAUGCUUUGACCCGCCGGCCGAUUGCCAGCCAAUCAGCUGACAACAAGCAGCCCACUCCUGCCAAAAAGAAUGACAUCGCCCUGGUGUGUAAGCAGCCCGAUGAUCAAGACAGAAGUGAGGCUUUCCGCUAGGAUCAUUCUUUGCACACACAGUACGACUGUGGUUCUUUUCUUUUUUCGGAUGUAAUCUAUUUAGUAAAGUUGGACUGAUUCAGGAUCAAUUCAAUUGUAUAAAUAGAGUGUAUAAAAUACAUUAUAAUGCAGAUAAGAUUCCUACAGUGUAUGCACGUACAUAUCUAUGUACUUGCAGUGCCUGCAGCUAAUUGCAAAAGGAAAACCUGUUAUAAGUCACAAAUCCACCCAAUCUACAGAUCACACUUCCCACAAGGUCAACAGCUGCACUUUUCUGGCAUUAUGGACAAUGACUAACAUAGACAUAAGCGAAUCUUUGAGCAGGUUGCGCCUAUACCUGUGUCUCCUCAAGCUCCUUUCCAGUGGAAGAAGUGAAAACUUCCAAAUGCAAAAUGUGAACCAGGCCAGAAACUUUUCUAUCGUCUUAUCUUAAGGUGUGCUGCUUAACACCCAUCAUCUCCUGGGCUGUUCACAUUAGACAUAAUAUUUCCAUUUUACUUUAUCCUGCACAAGAGUGUUACUAAAACAGGCUACAUUAUCCUGUAACUUAUGGCCUCCAAAACACCAUGAUAAAGCAUUACCCUGAACUUCUGCCAGGAUAAGAAAUGCAGUCUUGCACAAUGAUCUCAACAUGAGUUGUCCAGGGAAGUGUACUCUCAGUAUACACUCUGAGGCGGUUAAAUGUGUAGUGUCCGUAUACACGCUGAGGCAGUUAAACGUGUAGUGUCAGUAUAUACUCUGAGGCGGUUAAACGUGUAGUGUCAGUAUAUACUCUGAGGCGGUUAAACGUGUAGUGUCAGUAUAUACUCUGAGGCAGUUAAACGUGUAGUGUCAGUAUAUACUCUGAGGCAGUUAAACGUGUAGUGUCAGUAUAUACUCUGAGGCAGUUAAACGUGUAGUGUCAGUAUAUACUCUGAGGCAGUUAAACGUGUAGUGUCAGUAUAUACUCUGAGGCAGUUAAACGUGUAGUGUCAGUAUAUACUCUGAGGCAGUUAAACGUGUAGUGUCAGUAUAUACUCUGAGGCAGUUAAACGUGUAGUGUCCGUAUAUACUCUGAGUCAGUUAAAAGAAGGCACUUGAGGGAUGGGUUCAUUAUGAGUCGUUGAUUCAUGAAUACCUGCUGUGGCCCGGGCCGGCAGAGACCCAGAGACCCCAUAUGCUCAUCAUCAGCAAAUGUAUCUUUGAAAGGCCACAGACCUCAGUCUCAAAGCCAGGAUGUAAACACUAGAGUGGUGCAGGAAAUGAUGUGGUUUCAAGUAAUUCACUCUCCGUGUUCACUCUGCAGAUGAGGCUCCCAGUGCCAGUCACCUGAGGCUGUCUCCCAUCGUGCCACAUUCACUAGGGGUCGGAUAGUCUUUUACUGUUACCUCAGUGGAAUGAUAACACAAAGAAUUUUCAAAAGUCUGUGAUGUCUUAGGAUCUUUCUAAAGAGGUCAAAAGGCUUGAGUUCCACUCAUGCAUUAUUUACUUGAAAGGAAGACUUCUGUCUGACCCGUCCCACGACUGGAGGGGAUGUAACGUAGCCAUGAUUUGAUUAGCAUUAGAAUGCAAUCUUAGAGACCUAAGAAAACUCUUAGAGACAGGGAGGAUAGAGUGAGGAGGCAGGGAGGAUAGAGUGAGGAGGCAGGGAGGAGAGAGUGAGGAGGCAAGCAGGAAAGAGAGUGAGAUGGUUGAGAAACAGAUGUCUGAGCAGCAGGCUGUGUGUGGGAACGAACCGUGCACUCUCCUCAGAGAUCACUCCUCCUCCCUAUUUCAUGCAGCUGUUUUACUCCUUCAGCAGAGAGUCGUGUCUGCUGGAGAGAGGGAGAAUGCAAAUGCACGAAGGGGCCUUUCUUCCUUAUCAGCUUCCUCUUGACUGAGUGCAGGAGGAUUUUCUUAAUGUUCCCGUUUAAAGGUCAAGUUUACGAUUUUAAAAAAACAGAUUCGCUCAACUAAUCACGCUGAACAAGGACAAGGGCCAUGCUGUCUCACUGCGUGCAUCGGCAUCUCCACACAUGAAGUGACAGUAACCAGAAGUCGGAGUUGUUAGUGUGUCCUGUAACAUUUAAACUGUUGUUGCACUGUCUUCAGAAACAGAUGUGCAUAACAGGCUUUUCCUUUAAGGUGAAGCAACAGCAAACACCCCAGGCUUAAGGUUUACUUUACUUACAUACUCUACUAGACAGCACACUGAUAAUUAUUUAUCGUGCUGAUAAUUAUUUAAGACGCCUUAGAUAAGAGUGUCUGUUAAAUGCUGAAGAAAAGCGGAUGAAGGAUUAUGCUGUUGUUUAGCACAGCCACUGCUUAAGGAAUUCUGAAGACAUAGCGACAAUGUGAAAUUUCCAAAGUUUGAGCCUGAUGGUGGUGGAAACACUCAAGAAAUGAUGCCCUUCGGCUGCCAGCUAACCUUUUGGUCUCCCUACUGUGAAGACCCCUGAAAUGCCUGCACACGAUGCGAACACACGUACGCUAAUGAGAAUGAGAAUUAAGGCCACACAGAAGAUCUUUAUUUAGCUAUGUCUCCUCAUACCACUAACACCGACAGGAAGCUUCGUGGUCUGUCAUUGCCAUUGUUAGCCUGAUGAACUGCGAUGUCUAAUAUUCUCUUCAGUGAAGGCAUCACAGUAGGUUUGUUAACGGUUACUUAGACACUGAAGGCGGUGUUUUUUUGGGGGGGUUUUUUGCUUGAACUUUUCUGGAUGGUGGGCUUGUGCAUGAAAAUAUAUGUGUGUGAGUGUGUGUGCGCACGUGUGUGUUUCAUUAAUCUAAAAUAUAAAAAUUAUAGUUAUU